AUAGUUGUAAAAAAAAAAAAAAGGAGUUUUUAAACAUGUUUAUUUUCUAUGCACUUUUUUUUAUUUAAGUGAUAGUUUAAUUAAUAAACAUGUCAAGUUUAUUGCUGCAGAUGGUUGAGCUUUCUUUUGGCCACUGCUGGGGUGGAAAACAGGGAGAGGGGUGGCCUGGGACCUGACUGCAAAGUACCUUCCACAGUCCUUUAAGGUGGAAUCAGUAAAUCAUUUCCUUUAUCCUCCCUCAGGCUCUACUCUGCUCUGGCUCGCUUAACUAUAUUUUCUCCCUUUACUCCUUAGUAUUUUUUUUUUUUUUUAAUGGAUGUUCAGGACCUAAUUGAUUCUGGACAUGAGAAAGGGGUCGGGAGGACAAAAGAAUAGUUCCCUUACCAUCUAUAUAGCCUCCUUUAUCCAACAGAGGUCAAGCAGUGGCUUCUAACAAUUUUCACCCCAUCUGUGAGUGUAAUAAAAGCAUUGCAGGGAAAAGCUGGAGAGUGGCUUCUCUUUGCUCCACCUUAAGGCCAAAAGUAGAUUUGUUUACUGGGAUAAGGUGGGGGUUGUAGUUGAGAAAGAAACAUUUGUAAAUAUCCUGGCAGAAUCAGGGCCACUAACCCCAGGCUGAAGGGGUUGAGCUUACCCUACAGCCAAGAGAUGGAAGACACUCCUUUUUGGGGGACGGUCAUCAAACGGAACCUCCCUCUCUAUCAGGUGCAGGAGGCUCAGUCCCAAACUCCUUCCUUUCCUCUUACUCUAAGCCACCGUUUUGGUUUUUGGAGUUCAGCACCAUGGGGACUCCAAAUGAUCAGGCAGUGUUGCAGGCCAUCUUCAACCCUGACGCCCCAUUUGGAGACGUUGCUGGGUUGGACCUGGGAGAGGAAGCAGAGAAGGAAGCAGAUGAAGACGGAAUUUUCUCUGGAGAACAGCUGACGCAGUCCAAGGCCCUGGAGCUCCAGGGGGUGAUGGCAGCAGAGGCUGGGGACCUCAAUACAGCCCUGGAAAGGUUUGGCCAAGCCAUCUGCCUGCUGCCUGAGAGGGCCUCUCCCUACAACAACCGAGCCCAGGCCCGGCGACUACAGGGAGACGUGGCAGGCGCCCUGGAGGACCUGGAGCGCGCGCUGGCGCUGAGCGGAGGCCGGGGCCGCGCUGCCCGCCAGAGCUUCGUGCAGCGCGGGCUCCUGGCGCGGCUGCAGGGCCGCGACGACGACGCCCGCAGGGACUUGGAGCGUGCGGCGCGGCUGGGCAGCCCCUUCGCGCGGCGACAGCUGGUGCUGCUCAACCCCUAUGCCGCGCUCUGCAACCGCAUGCUGGCCGACGUGAUGGGGCGGCUGCGCGGCACCCGCGACGGCCGACUCUGCCUGUCCUUGCGUCUGGCGCCGGCGCGCGCCUCGCAGGUGGAAAGCCUGCACGUGCCCAGGCCCGGCCGGGGCGCGGGGGGCGAGCGAGCUUCGUCCGCAUGCCCUGGGGGCGGGGCGCAUCGGGCCCGCGGGUCGGGCAUCGACUGGCCGUGCCUGGCGCAGCCCGAGCCCCCGCAGCAGACUGCGGGGCCCGUCAGACCUGAGCAGUUGCUCGGGCUGCGCUCGGGGAGCGAGCCAGGUGAGCCGCUCCGGGCUCCUGGGGGCGGGGCUGGGCCACAGCUGCUGCGGGGACCCUUGUCCCCGCUCCCCUCCUCUUCGACACAAGCUCACUAG